AUGAAUAAGCAGUUAUUGUCCUGCUCUCUGAAGGGCGGUCGGCAGACAACUACUGUAGUGGCGUCAGUUGCCGCAGAUGGUGUUGAUCAGCAGGUCGAAGUUUCAUAUUGUGAUCAAAAAGUGGUUGGAAAUGGCUCCUUCGGUGUCGUAUUUUUGGCAAAAUUGCAAGAGAACAAUGAACCGGUCGCAAUCAAGAAAGUGCUUCAAGAUAAACGAUUUAAAAACCGAGAACUUCAAAUCAUGCGAAAGCUUUCUCAUCCAAAUAUAGUCAAACUCAAAUAUUUCUUCUAUUCUGGUGGUGAGAAGAAAGACGAGCUAUAUCUCAAUUUGAUAUUGGAGUAUGUUCCUGAGACUGUAUACAGGGUGGCUCGCCACUACUCGAAGCAACGGCAGUCUAUUCCUUUAAUAUAUGUGAAGCUAUAUAUGUAUCAGGUCAGUGACGUUUCUCAAACCCAGAAU